GUAGAGAAAUACUAAAAAGGGCUUAAUCCUUUACAAUAUUGUAUAGGUACUACUUAUUACCUACUAAUCUUGACUUGUUAGCAUCCUGUGAUAACAACUUAUUGCUGUAACUAUAACUCCAAUUUUAAAAAUAUGAAUCCUAAAAGCAAGGAAGCUAGAACGCGAGAUGAUAAGCCUUUUGAAGGGAUGAUGAUCGCCGAUGCAGCAGCUCUUGCGGCUUUGGAAGGACGUAGUCCUUGUACAAAAUGCGGAAAGUCUCGCAUGUAUUUUUGUUAUACUUGCUAUGUUCCUGUGGAUCAAAUUAAGGAUCAUAUACCUCAAUGCAGAUUACCAGUGAAGGUUGACAUUAUCAAACAUAAACAAGAGAUUGAUGGUAAAAGUACAGCAGCUCAUGCGGCAGUUCUAGCACCUCUAGAUGUGAAUAUUUAUAUUUACCCCGAAAUACCUAAAUAUGCAUCUGAUGAUCGAACAGUCUUACUCUAUCCCGGGGUGGAUGCAAGUACUGUACAGGAUUUAUUUACAGAGAAGAAAAAAUCUGUCAGUUACUCUGAACAUUUACUAGCAGAAUUACCCCCUGGUUAUAAUGUAGGGACUCUUAUGAGAAAGAAUUUAGGUAAUGAUACUACAUUUAAAAUAUAUCAUGUAAAAGAACUACCAGUAGAUCGUGUUAUAUUGAUUGACAGUACAUGGAACCAAAGUAGAGGUAUUUUUGCUGAUGAGAGACUGCAGAAAAUGCCAAAAAUUGUAUUACAAAAUAGAGCUUCUCAGUUCUGGAGACAUCAGCGAGGGAGUCCCCGUUGGUACUUAUCAACUAUAGAGGCCUUACACCAGUUGAUGUUGGAGUUACAUAUCAGUGCAUGGGGCCUUUGUACACAAUACUCAUCAGAAUUAACUUUACAAUACCCGGUACACAAUUCUGAUGAAGAUCAUGCACAGUGUAAACCCUAUAAUGGACAAUAUGAUAACUUAAUGUAUUUCUUUAAGUUUAUGUACGAAAAGCUUCAUAUUUUGUAUAAACAUGAUGAUUUAUUGGCAUAUAAGAGGCCAAUGCUAUAGAAUAAAUAUAUGUAUUAUUUAUA